AAGUGCUCAAUGAUCCUCUCAAUUGAAGUAAUCUCUCCUCUCUUUGAACUGCACAUCUUACUAUCCAAGUCAAGAUAUUUACCACAAGCGGAGCAAUUGAUCUGCCCGACUCCGAUUUGAUAUAAAGCGACCUAUCCCCAAGCAUUGACUCUCAUACCACCACGUCACUCCAACAUCUUCAAUCCCCAAACCAAACACCACAUCCCCAACCGCAACCAUGUCUUCCUCCAGAGAUAUCAUCGUCUACCACUACUCCUACUCCCCCUACGCCCGCCGCGUAGUCUGGUACCUCCACCUCCGCAACAUCCCCUUCUCCGAAUGCGUCCAGCCACCCAUCAUGCCUCGCCCCGACGUCGCCGCCCUCGGCGUCUCCUACCGCCGCAUCCCCAUCGUCGCCAUCGGCCGAGACAUCUACCACGACACGCGCCUCAUCCUCUCCAAGCUCGACGAGCUAUUCCCCGCUUCCUCAGCACACCCAGCUCUCUCCCCUACCACCCCCGAGCACCGCGCCCUUGCGGCACUGUUCUCCACGUCCACCACGGACGGCGGUCUCUUCGGCCGCGCAGCACUGCUAAUUCCUACUUCCCUGCCACUCUUCAAGGAUCCGAAAUUCACCGCUGAUCGCGCCUCCAUGAGCGGUCGCCCCUGGUCCGCCGCCUUCAUCGAGCGCGCGCGUCCAGACUCCCUAGUCGAAGUCCGCGCCGCCAUCGCAUUUUUGGAGAACGGACUCCUCGCCGACGGACGCAAGUGGCUCCUCAACACCCCCCAGGUGUCGAGCGUUGAUCUCGAGGCCAUCUGGCCGCUGCACUGGGUAUUCGGGAUGCCCGGCGCUAUUCCCGCUGAGGUGGCGAGCAAGGAGACGUUUCCUAAGGUGUUUGCGUGGGUGGAGCGUUUCAAUGCCGCGGCAGGAGCUGCGCGGAAGGCGAAUGGGAAGGCGAAGGCACUUAAGGGUUUUGAGGCCGCGGAGAAGAUUUGGGGGAGUGAGUGGGCGGAGGGGUUGAAGGGGGUGGAUGAGCGGGAUCCGUUGGGGUUGAAGCCGGGGCAGGAGGUGCUUGUGCAUCCUACGGAUUCGGGGGUUACGCAUAAGGAUCGCGGGACGUUGGUGGGACUGGAUGGCGAGGAGAUUGUGAUUGAGGUUAAGACGCAGAAGGGGACGGUGAGGGUGCAUGCGCCGAGACAUGGGUUUAGGGUGCUGGCGGCGCAGGAGGAGACUAAGUUGUAGACUGUGUGGGUUGGAUGUUUAUAGUCUGGUGUAGCAAUUACAGUAGCUCGCCUUAACAAGUAAAGGAUUGAGUUCG